UUCGUGUAAGGCAUGACUUAUGUAUAUAGAUAGGUCAAUGCACGUGUGUAUAUAGACAUCGUCAGACACGCCCUCUGACACAAAUGCCCGAACGCGAAUACACCGAGAAAUACAUACGCACCCUACACCCUACUGAACCGGCACACUGAUUAAUCCUGCAUCCCGCGAUGAGGGGAGUGCGUCACGAUUUGUCCGACACUUCAUUGAUGAAUGCCGCCACUUGCUCGACGAACGCCUGCCGGUACUCCUGUUUCUCCAGACCAUGGUCGCCGUCCAGAAACACCAACUUGGCACAGUCAGAGAAACUGACGCACAGCACACGGCCUCAAAGGCAAACAUUCAGUGCACUGUUGGUUCGAUAGACACCUUGAUGCGGUUGGCAUGAAGGUGUCGUUGAGGAAGGCCUUCAACGCAUCCAUAUCCUUGACGUACUCAUCGUCCUCACUGAAAUCACACGAAUGGGUGACAGACAUCAGACAUCUACACUGCGGGCUAGCUACGCCACCUGUAAACAAACAGUGAGGGUACGGUGAGGGGCUUGAGCCGCGGUGCCAGCUCCUCCUGGGUCAAGUCGGUUGAGAAGAAAUCCUCAUCACCCAACUUGGACGCCAUGCUGUGAAAACUGCACACACACGCAACACAAACUAACCCCCUGCUCGUUCUUGCCUGCGUGCCUGUGUCCUCGGCCAUUACCGACCGGUAUGCGCUGAUGGAUACGAUGCCAAAGAGCUUCUCUGACAGGACCUUGUCGGGCUGUCCCUCGGCCAGUGCUGCAUUGGCCUCAGCCAGCAGACCGUCGAACCCAUGAGUGCCCACCUACACAUCAAGGAAUCGUCGCAGUGUACAGAUUGGUUUGCAUGUCCGAGUGUACGCACCAUGGCCUGCCUGUCUGAGAUGCCGCCCUGGAAUACUGCAAAGUCCAGCGACCGGUGCGGUGGACAUCCUGCAGCCAGGCAUCAAUGUAUUUGGACAAGUGGAUAUUCCGUCUUCGGGUGUGUACGGUGUCACGACCUUGCUCAUCGUAUUGCUUCAUCAUGUGCAUGAUGUCCUGGCAACCUGAAGCAUAGAGGAAUGAUCGUCUCACCAGUGCGUGUGCGCUGCAUGCAGGACAGCGCAUUGCAUACCCGUAGAGUGCCCGAUGAUGCCUAUCCGGUGGAAGCCCCUCUGUUUCCGAAGAUGGUCCACCAGCAGCCAGAGCUCCUUCGCAUCUUGCAUCACGGACGAUGUGCCAAACUGGUUCCAGCUGCUCGACAAAUUCACCUGGCAGGCAGUGACUCAUCCGAUUCAACUCGACUGCGAAGGUGAGGCCUGGGGCACUGCCUGUCCCUCAAGACUGCAUAUGUCAAGAGUGUUCACCUGGCAGACACUCCAGCCCAUCGCGUUGAGCCUCUCGGCCAGGGAUGGGACAUACCGAAGACUAAGAAACCCUGAAACGAUAGACACACAAUACUGCAUGUUUGGUUCGCUGUUAUAGAUCUGAUCUGACCAUCAGUAAGACCUCCCACGACGAUGCAGCACGAUGCCUUGGAGGUCUUAAUCUGUCGUGAUGGCGUGAUAAAGCCCAGCAGAUGGCGACCCUCGUCGACAUCGAAGUGAAACAUCAAACCCUCCUGCUCCUGCGCUUCACUGCCCUCCUUCGCCAUGAUUCAGUGGCUGGGGUAUGAGGCAACACGACAGAUUGG